UGACAAUAUAUAUAACAUGUAGCUUUUCACAUGUAGGCAUGGUUUUCAGACAGGUGAUAGAAUGUUCCGGUUCUGCGUUCUUUUCUCACUGUUAGCGGUUGCGAACACAAGCAUCGUUCCGCGCUCCUACCAAUGCGGUAACCAGUCUUAUUUCACAGCCGACUACGGAAUAAUCCGAAGUCACUCCGGUUACGACGUCGGACAUGAUUACGGCAAAAACCUUGACUGCGUGUGGACGAUAGCGGCACCGGAAGGAAAAUUCGUAUUUCUGGUGGCUACCACAUUUCAAUUAGCGGGAACAAGUUGCUCGAACGAUUACCUCGAGCUGUUUGAUGGUGCCAACACAAACGAAAAUAGCCUGGGAAAAUUCUGUGGGAGCGCAUUCGCCCCCAUCUCUUCGAGACAGCGAUUCCUCACUCUCAACUUUGUAACCGAUUGGAGCAUCGGCUUGCGCGGUUUCGAGCUGUUCUACAACUUCACAGAUCACGUGAUUCGAACGUGUCUGCCGGGUCAAUUCUUCUGCAACAACUCCAACUGCGUACCGGGCAGCUACCGAUGUGACGGCCAGGACGACUGCGGCGACGACAGCGACGAGAAAAAUUGUCAAACUGUAUCCACUCACGAAGUCUGCGAUUUCGGCAAAGGUAGAUUUCGGUGUACGAAUGGACAUUGCUUAUGGAGAGAAUGGAUGUGUGAUGGAAUAGAUGACUGCGGGGACAUGUCGGACGAGAUCGGAUGUGGAGUAACACCGCCAUGUGGUCAAACCCACUUUACAGGAGACACGGGCAACAUCAGUAGCGCCAACUUCCCCUAUAAUUACCCACCGAACUUCCACUGCUCAUAUCACGUGACUGCACCGGUGGGAACAAAGAGUAUUUCGUUUUCGUUUGUCAAACCGUUCAGCAUAGAGUCAACCGUUGACGGUAGCUGUAAAUUCGACAAUGUCUCUGUCUCCGGAAAGAACGGUGAAAAAAUGCAUGGUCCAUUUUGUGGCCCGCAUAUACCAUCGCCUUUUGAGAUCCAGGGCAACGAAGCGGAAGUCCAGUUCAAUGCAGAUGAUUCUAACCAAUAUGCAGGUUUCAUGUUGACCUGGUCGGUUGCAGGUUGACUGCAUUAUGUCACGUGUCGUCGUUAUAUUCUUCCGAAAUAAAAAUUACAAACAGUG